AAUACCACAGCCUGUUUCCCAAAACUUGCCACUGUACAUUCCCUCCUAGUCCUAUAUAUACCACCAAACCCUUCUCUCUAUAUCCGCACACUUCAAAACUCUUUUAUCUGUUUGAAGCCUACUUUGAUUUUAAAAGGUAGUUGAGACAAAAUGUCACCUGCAAUGGCAAAUGCAAUGACAACCAGCAGUUGCAAGCCAAGUGAUGGUCAGCUUGAAAGCCAAUUAUACCACAAGGGAGUGAAGCAACUCUGUGAUAAUGGCAUUACCAAAGUUCCUUACAAGUACAUAUUGCCUGUCCCUGAACGACCAAGCUCGAUUUCCGACGGCCGGAGCUCGGCCAAGCACCAUAAUCUCAAGCUGCCCGUAAUUGAUUUCUCGGAAUUGAAAGGGUUGAACCGUUCUCAAGCCGUUAAGUCUCUAGCGGAUGCCUGUGAACAGUACGGCUUUUUCCAGUUGGUGAAUCAUGGGAUUCCAAUGGAUGUUAUAAACAACAUGAUUGAUGUAUCAAGAAGGUUUUUCGAGCUCCCAUUUGAGGAAAGAUCGAAGUAUAUGUCCUCGGAUAUGCGUGCCCCGGUCCGGUAUGGGACUAGCUUUAACCAGAGCAAGGAUAAGGUGUUUUGCUGGAGAGAUUUCUUGAAAGUAAUGUCUAAUUCUUCAUCAGAUGUUCAUUGGCCUUCUUCUCCCAUAGACUUCAGGGGAUUGGCGGCAACCUACGCAAAAGAAACCAAACAUUUGUUUUUAAUGAUAAUGGAGGCCAUCUUGGAAGGACUGUUGGGAACCACUGAGGAGGAUAAGACAAAAGAGAAUGAGGUUAUUUUGGAAGAAUUCGAAGAUGGGAGCCAGCUAAUGGUAGUCAACUGCUACCCUCCAUGCCCCGAACCCGAUCUCACACUCGGAAUGCCUCCCCAUUCGGACUAUGGAUUCCUCACCCUCCUACUCCAGGACGAGGUCGAGGGCUUGCAAAUACAACACAACCAGAAAUGGCUCACUGUUGAACCUAUCCCUAACGCUUUCGUCAUCAACGUUGGCGACCAUCUUGAGAUUUUUAGCAAUGGAAGGUACAAGAGUGUUUUACACAGAGUGCUAGUGAAUUCCACAGCAUAUCGUGUCUCCGUGGCUUCGCUGCAUAGUCUUUCUUUGAUGUCCAUGGUCAAGCCGUGGCCAAGACUCAUCGAUGAAGAAAAUCCAAGGCGUUAUAAGGACACAAAUUUUGCUACUUUUCUUGAAUACAUCUCAACUCGCGAGCCCAAGCAUAAGGAUUUCUUGGAGAGUAGAAAAUUGUAUUCAUAAAGUGAUUCAUAUAUAAAUGAAAUUAAAAAAAAAAUUUACCUUUUCUUUUACGGCAAUACUAAUUAGUAAUUAUAUAUGUAGAGGCUUUGUUAAUCUUCAAGGAUCAUAUAGGUUGUAUUGAAUCUAUAGUGGUAUUAUUAAUGGAAUUUCUUACAUAUUUUUCUAA